UUUUUUUUUUUUAUCACCGUGUGACUGGUCAAAGAAGCUGUAAUUAGCUUUUUCUUCAGCUGGAGGGAUUGUCUGUGCUGUGGCCACACAUAGGCCUACCUGUGCGGACUUGUUCGCACCUUAAGGAGGGAGGGUGAAACGCGACUAGACAUACCUUUGCCUCACCUCUCUCUCUCUCUGUGCCUCUUUUUUUCUUUUGGCUCUCUCGCUCCAUAUCCCCACUCUCUCUCUCCCUUUCUCUGCAAGCGGAUCUAUAAGCUGAAAUGUCGACAAAUGAAAGAACAAUCCGAGCACUAAAAGAGAUUCUCCUAAAGCCUGGAAAUGACACCUGCGCCGACUGUGGCGCUCUGGAUCCUGGUUGGGGCUCAUGCUCCCUGGGAGUUUUCAUCUGUCUGGAGUGUUCUGGGAUCCACCGCAACAUCCCUGAAAUCAGCAAAGUCAAAUCCUUGAGAUUGUCCCAUUGGGAGGAUCACGAGGUUCAGUUCAUGGCCGAGAACGGAAAUGCGGAAAUGAAAAAAAAAUAUGAGGGGGCUGUACCGGUCUACUACUACAAACCAACUCACAAGGACUGCCAGGUACUAAGGGAGCAGUGGAUAAGAGCAAAGUAUCAGCGGAAAGAGUUUACCGAACCUGGGGGAAACAUAACGUAUGAUUCAGGAAUGAAAGAUGGUGUGUUGAUGAAAAGGGGGCGGGACAAUGGGCAGUUUCUUAGCAGGCGAUUUGUCCUUUCGGAGAGAGAGGGCACUCUGAAGUACUACACCAAAUAUGAUGCUAAGGAGCCCAAAGCAGUGAUUAAGGUGGACUCUAUUAAUGCAACGUUCCAACCAGAGAAAAUAGGAAAUCCCAACGGACUGCAGAUCACUUACCUCAAAGACUACAGUACCCGGAAUAUCUUCCUCUAUCAUGAGAGUGGCAAGGAAAUUGUUGACUGGUUUAAUUCAAUUCGAGCAGUUCAGCUUCACUACCUAAAAGUGGCCUUUCCGGGUGCAACUGAUGCUGAGCUCAUACCAAAACUUACUCGAAACUUUCUCAAGGAAGGAUAUAUGGAAAAAACAGGUCCAAGGCAAACAGAAGGCUUCAAGAAACGUUGGUUCACACUGGAUCAGAGACGGCUGAUGUACUUCAAAGAUCCAUUGGAUGCCUUUGCUAAAGGGGAAGUCUUCCUGGGGAACAGGGACAAUGGUUACAGUGUCUCUGCUGGCUUGCCAGCUGGGACCCACUGCAACGGCGCUUGGCAAUAUGGCAUCACAAUCGAAACACCUGACCGCUGCUUCCUGUUUACUUGUGAGACAGAGAGUGACCAACAGGACUGGGUGAAACACUUCAGUGAUGUCAUGAGAGCUCAGAUGUCCCCUCAGGAAUACACAAUGGAGGCCUUGUUAAGGCACAGACACUGACAGAUCAGAGGCUUUUGAGAUGUUUCCCUUGGUUCUUCGCCAGUCAACAGUCUGCAAGUCCAAAAGUGACUCUUCUGCUAACAAGCUGGAGCUUGUUGCGUGUUUAGAAAACUAUGGACACAUAGGAUAAAUAGCACAUUAAUUUCAUUAUCAGAUUUUUAUUUCAUUUAACAUGUUGAAAGAUUUUUACCUUUGAAUGAACUGAAUAUUUGAGACUGCAGACUAAAUAUGAAAAGCAUUCUUUCUACAUGCUCAUAUUGAAUAAUAUGCAAGAAUUUGUCUGGCAAACAAUAUUUUUAGAGACAAAGCUUUCAUGAAACAGUAAGUUGUAUGAAAUUGUAAUAAAAGUAAUUAAUUUAAAGCUAAUAAGCUCUGUAACUGAUUAAAAUAAACUUUCUUUGUUAGUUAAGUAGCAGGUAGUAGAAUAAGUGAGGCUAUAUGAAACACUGUUUUCUUUAAAGAGAAGGAAAUAAUUUUUUUGAACUAAUGUCUGUACUGCAAUGUUGCUACAGGUAAAAAAAAUUACAACUUCUAAAAUAAACAUACUAUAUAUAUAUAUAUAUAUAUAUAUAUAUUUAUAUAUAUAUUACGCAUGCUUGCAUUUUUAUGUGCUCCAAAAAUAAAAGUUACUGAAGCCCACUUAAACUUUUCCAAGUAAAGUAAAGAAAUGCCAGCAGUUGUGUGUUUUAGCCGCAUCUCCAUGUAGCACAGCUUUUUAUGAAAACUGAAACUUUUUGAUAAUCUUUAUGUACCAACAUGCCAGAUAGAAAUCCUGGGGAUUAUCUUUCAUAUAUUCUACACUGACUACUGCAUGGAGUGUGUGUAUAUAUAUAUAUAUAUAUAUAUAUAUAUAAUAUGUGUGUGUGUGUAUUUGUCAUGGCUUUUUUUGUUUUAUAUGGCAACUUUUGUGUUGAAGAUGACAUACACAAAUUUCAGGCCCAUUUUAUGUGCUUAUAAAACCUUUAUUAAUUAGACUCCAGAUCUUUCACCCUCUACAUGCAUCUUUAGGAGUCGGUAAAGUGAUCCCAGAAACAUCUGGAACUUCACUAUGUUCUAAAAUUAUCUAACUCUGAUCUCAAGCGUCAACACACCAGAGGUGUCAUUUAUAAAGCUUGCACAUGUACAAACCUAGGCCUGAAAUUUGCGUACACCAACUUCAAAUUAAAUACCCUGUAUUAAAGAGGGCUGGGCAUGAUGUGGAGUCUUAGGUAAAACAUUUGAGACACAGCUGGGAUUUAUAAAUGAAAUUGACCAGCGUACACCUGGUUUAAUAAAGAUAAAAAAAAAAAAACUGUGUAUGGGGUACUCCAUUUUUGGGUUUUUGCAUACUGUACAUACUAUACACUUUUAUUUUGUAUUCCACACAAUGUUUUAUACAUGAGAACCCAGAUUCCACCAUUUUAUUCUUUUUUAUAGAAUGAUAAAUCAAGAUAGAUCACAUUUUAAAAACCUUACUACACCACAUUAGACACCACAAUUGUUAUUUCUGUUUACCACGACUACAAAUGUUAUCUUUUAUUACUAAGCCUACAUGUGAUAUUUCAGUAUUUUCAAAAUGUUGCUUUUCAAUAAAGGUACUUUUUGUUUCCAUGUUGCCGAUUGGCUGAGUAUUAACUAUUAAAAAUCCAUAAUAAACACUUUUUGUUUUU